AUGGCGGCUGAUGCGCCCGGCUUGAUGGACAUUGCCAGCACCCUGGCUCAGGAGGAUAUUCCGUUUAAGUUGCGCUGUGCGAUCUGCAACAAGCUUGCUGUAAAUGCUUUUCGCCUGCCAUGCUGCGACCAGUCAAUCUGUGAACCUUGCCAAGCUUCUCUCUCCGAUACCUGUCCUGUCUGCGCGCAUACCCCAGUCUCCCCGGAUGUCUGCAAACCAAACAAAGCUCUGCGCACAACUCUGAAGGCUUUUCUACGGACCGAGGAGAAGAAACGCGAGAAGGAUCGCCAGGCCUCGGCAACAUCAACUCCAGCCACCCCUGCGGAUACUGUAUCCGCACGUCCAGGUCAAAAUGGGGAAGAUACCGCAGGAGGCGUGAGUGUUGAGGCGCCUGUUACUACAGAACCUCAAUCCGAGAACGCCGGAGUAGAGGCUCCCACAGACCCAGUUGGACAGAGUGCUCCGGAACCAUUUUCUACAGAUGCUGUUGAACAGUCGGCUCCGCCCGAGGUAGCCGCUGAACAGAUAGCUGAUGGUACCGACCAGGCCGUUGAAUGCAACGAUGAUGCUGUCAAUGAAGAGCUAGCUCCCCAGGAUGCUCCCAAGUCCAACUCCGCUGCGAUGACCCCGAAUAUGGGAGGCUUCCCAAUGGGCUGGAAUGGAAAUGGCAUGAAUCCUUACAUGGCUGGCAUGUUCAAUUACCCCAACACGAUGGGAAUGCCCAUGGGGAUGGACCUAAUGGCAAAUCAGGGGAUGUUCGGUGACUACGGAAUGAACAUGACUGGCAUGGGCAUGAACACGGGGAACUUCAAUGGGGGCAUGUAUGGAUCCUUAGGAUGGGACGCCCAGAACAACAUGUGGCAAGGCCAAGAUAAAUUCAAUCCAAACGCUUUCGCUAAUGGCACGGGCCCUCCCUACGGAGGUGCAUAUGGGUCUAAUCUCUAUCCGGAUCAGUCUGGCUACUAUGGAUCAGGUUAUGGCCGCGGUGCAUUCCGAGGCCGUGGCCGUGGCUAUGGUCGUGGCUUUGGGCCUACGCAAGGACAUUAUGCCGCUAAUUCAGGAUAUGCACAAAGCCCAAUGGAUGUACAGGGUAACCAAAACCAAAAUCCGAGUACUGAAAAUGCAGAAGGACAAGUUGAGGGAUCCAACCUCCAGGUUCCCAUCGACCAAGUGCCAAAUGGAGGCAUGGGAAGCACAGGAUAUCGGCACGGACGACCUGAAGGACCAGGUGUGGAGGGUGCACCAGCCGCGCCGCGUGCCAUGCGGCAGGGCCUACCCAACACGAGCGUGUUGCGGUUCUCUGGCCGUGCUUCUGAGGAUAUGCGCCAGACCCCUCUGAAUGCCUCCCGUGAAACACGGUCUCGCUCUCCGGCAGGUCGAACAUCUCGUGCCCACUCGCCAUCUAUGCAUGGUACUGAAGAUGGUCGAGAAACUCAACGGGAGGCAGAGGUGAGACGUAUGGACCGGGUUGACGAACUACAGUCCGAUGCCCGACGCACUCGCUCUCCUUCCCGGGAGUCUUCGCGUCGGUCCUCACGCCACCGUCAACAUGGCAGUGAUCGUGAGAAAGACCGAAAUGGUAGCCAUCGUUCUCACCGCUCACGCCGGCACCAUGGCCGUGAUAGUCGCAGUCGCAGCUCAAGCCGCAAUGGACAUGUCCGUCCCUCGCGUCGUUUGCAUCGGAUCGCAGGUCAGGCAGAAACAAGCGGCCGCACAAAGGCAUCAUCUGAAGAUCCAGAGCAACGUGACCUUGCUAGCCGAAUUAACAGCAGCUACCGCCCUGGCAACGACAGAGGCAGCCGACGUGAAGACGACCGUAUGCGGGGCGAUCGAGACACUCGCCGACGAGAUCGUGACCGUGACCGCGAGAGAGACCGCCGUCCUCGAGAGCGAGAUACCCAGCGUGACAGUCGCAGAGACGGUGCUCGCGAUAAGGAUCGACCUUCAGAGCGUGAACGCGACCGAGACCAUCCCAGAGACCGCAACCGUGACCGCAAGCGCUCUCACCUCCAGAAAGCUGAGCCGGAGAAAGACCCUUACACGCUAGAGCGUGAAAAGCGAAACAAAGAACGUCUCGAGCGCGAGCAACAGCACCGCAACCAGGCCAAGUCUGGUCGUCGCCGAGACAGCCGGCAAGAUCGUCAGGAUCGUGUGGUGGCGGGCCGCCGCAUCAAUUACAAAUACGAGGAUGAGCUCUAA